AACCUUUUAUAGAUCAAUACAUUGUGUAGUGCGUACAUAUUUCAUAAUAAUUGAAUAGAAAUAAAAUUUAAGUCAACCGUUUUUGUCCAUCCAACAAUAAUCUGAGCAUAGAAUCAAAACAAGUGAUUUCUCAGUGAUUGUCAUCGACGACGACAACACAACAAUACAGCGUUGUCAUAAUCAUUGGUUUCGCUUUAUAAGUUCCAAGUUUUUAUUUAAUUGUGCUCCCAAUUAAGAAAACAUCAAUUUGCCAUUACAUCGAAUCAACAUAACCAUUUUUUCAAUUUAAAAUCUUUAUCCUAAAUAGUUUGGUUAAAACAAAACUAUUAUUUUUUUUUCUGCGAAACAAAACUCGAAUCUCUAUAUCAAUUGAAUAUCAUGAACAUUGAACAAAGCAGCGGCAGCAACAUUGAUUACGGCAACAUCAAUACCAAUGAUCCUGCAUCAAAGAUUCUUUUUCUGGACACAUUUUCUUCGGCGAACCUUGAUAAUGAUUUUGAAGAUAUAAAUAACAAAAAGGAACCGAACGUUGGUCUUGUACAAUUCAUUUGUCCUGUUAUCAUUCAUGAGAUAAGAAUAAUUCCUUUAUCAACAUUAGUUUCAGCCGAAAGUCUUCGCAGAGUUCAUCUUGGAGCAACUAUACCCUCUUCAUUUGAUAUACAUUUUUAUGUGAACGAGCUAACAGCAAAAGAAUCUUCCACCUUUUUGGACAUUGGAUGUUUUUCUUACAAGGAACAUGAAAACCAUAUAUUCAAACCGAAUGUUUCUGUUGCUACGGAUGGCCUAUUUUUGCGUGGUCAUUUUGAAUCAGUCACAUUAGUUGUUUUAGGUGAAGUGACUAAUUUAUCAUCUUUAAUAACUAAAGAAUCAACCGCUUCUAGGAUAUCUAAUGAUAUUAAUAUUGAUAAUGAUGAAGAUUCUAGAGCUAGCUAUUUCGAUGGUUGUAUCGUCGAUAUCAAAGAGCCAGAUGAUACUCAAGAUUAUAUAGAAACCGAAGUAGGCAAACUUAUUGGCGAUUCAUUACCACCGAAUAAAGAUGAUAGCGUUUCGUUGACCACAUCAGCCAAAUCUCAACAUCCUGUACAGGAUGUUCAUUCAUUGUCUCCUAGUCCUGAAAAUGUAGCACGUAUCCUAUCGCCAUCACCUUCGCGUCAUCAUUAUGGUACCCACAAUCGUGAUCUUUCUGCUACACCACCGCAAUCGUUGUCGUUUAAAAGUCAUUCCAAUUCAUCACGAGAAAAUCAAUUGCGAAUAACAAUCGGAAAAAAAUCUUUAAGCCACAAAGAUUAUGUUGACGAUGAAGAUGAUGAUGAUGAUGUGCACAGUGAUGAUCGAAAAAAAUAUCGUCCACCAUCAUCAAAAUCAUCUGCGAGUUCUAUCUCACCAAGCAGUAAUAGUUAUUCCCUUAAAAGUCGCAUCGCUUAUUCAUCAUCAUCGAUAGCUAAUAAAAAUUCAUAUUCAAAAAGUGGAUCAAUAUCUAAUCGUAGAUAUCGAUCAAGUGUUGAAAGAGAACGUAGUGAUGAAUUGAAUUCCACGCCAUCGUCUAGUCAUCAUCGUCAUCAUCAUCAUCAUUAUCGCAAUGAACGUUAUAAUAAUUCUCCCUCUACAUAUGGAAAAUAUUAUUCCUCCCAACGAGAUUUUCAUCAGCAUUCAAAAAGAUCAAGAGAACACUCACCUUCAGCAACAAAUGCCCUCUCAAGUCGACCAUCAAAAUAUCGUUCCAGUGUUAAUAAAUAUGCACAUGAUUCUUAUCGUUCCCGAAGCAAUAGUAAAGAUGUUGAUAGUGAUCAUGAACAUCAACAGCAUCGAUUAUCUCCUUAUGGAACAAAUAUCAAUCAUUCAAGAUCGAAUCUUAACCGGCAUCAUGAAAUAGACAAUUAUUACACUGAUGAUUAUCGUAGACACCGACAACAACCUCGUCAUCGAAGUAUCAGUUUGGAAAAACAAGAUCGUGGUAAUAAUUUAAACAGCCGCAGCAACUUACAUCGUAAUAGAGGUAAUAGCCGUGAUAUGGAUAAAUGUUCCCACACAAUUGACUCGUGUUUGACAAGAACGCGUAAUAAUGUUUCUGGUAGCUAUAAAGAUAGCUACAGUGAUAAUAAUAGUCGUGAUCUAAUUUCGCCUAAAUCAUCUUCGAACAAAUAUCGCAGCUAUCAUCAUUUAUCCGAUCGUGUGCGAUCUCGAUCAAAAGACCGUUCACGAUCAUUAUCACCGUUGACAGUGUCAAGUAGUAAACGCAAUAAACGUGAUCAUUCAGAACACUUAGGCAAAUCUUCGCAUUAUCGUCGGGAUUCCAAUUCGUGUGAUCGUAAUGAUUCUAUAGAUUCGCCAGAUCUUAAAAAAUCGCGAUACAGUACUCCAAGAAGUGUGAAUAUUGCUUCACCUAGUUGUGAUAGUGGUUCUUCACCGAUUUCCGUUGCAAGUCAACACAAUGAAGGCACACACUACAAUAAUGAUAAUGAUCAGGAUAAUCGACCAACUUCUUCCAAAGCAGAUAUCGAAAGUAUUGCUUCACCUGUAUCACCAACCGAUGAUGAUUCAACCAUGAAUCUGAUAGGAUUAAAAGAUUCACAAACAUCACCCUCACCUUUGGCGAACAUAUCUCCUCAUUCAUCAAUAUCAAAUAUAUCAUUGGAUCAACUUGAUUGUGAUUCUAAAACAACAAAUCCCGAAAUUUCUAAUGAUAACAUCGGCAAUGAUGUUGACAAAGAUAGCGAAAUUGGCUUGAAAAAUGUUGAUGGUGAUAAAGAAAUAUGUAAAAAUGAAAAUAAUUGCGAUGACAAAUCGAAUGUACUCAAAAAUGACGUUUCUAAAGAAUUAUUCGAACCGCUUUCCGGCUCCGAUAUGGAUGAUGAUUUUGAUGAUAAUUUUGAACAGAUUAGUACAUCUUCCGAUGUUGACGCGGAUAAUUUGGAAGAUGAUCAAAACGGUGAAAAAACCUGUAAUGCAAAAGCUGAACUGGAAAUAAUUAGUAGUGAUGAAGAAUAUGAUACAGAUUUGAAUGCGGCAUUAGCUUCUGAAAAAGUGGAAUAUGCUAAAAACUAUUUGGAUACCACUGGUGUUGGUAGUAAAUACGAUGAUGAUAUUGAUAAUGAAUUGGAUUUGAACAAAAAUCUUUUCGAUCCAUUAGCUGCCAAUCAAUUAAGUGUGUUGAAAUUCCCUUUCAAUACUAAUAAAAUGACUACAUAUAUUGAUCUUAAAUUGUUCAGAUCUAUCAUUGAGUUUAUGCACGAAAAUUUUUCCAUCCUUUAUUCGUCACAUGAAGAACAAAAUCGUCGAAUUCUUAUUCAAGAAGAAUGGGUGAUAAAUGUAGAAAAAUUGGCUACCGACAUAAUGAAAUUAACCUGUCCAAUAUAUUAUUCAUUCAACGAGGAUUUGGAAAACGUCUCGGGAACCUCAGAACAAGAUUUUGAAAAUCUGAUUCCCAUUUUAAUUUCAAUCGCCAAAGAUGGACUCGAUUUUGAUCUGGCACUUGCACAAAAGAAUACUUAUAGAGUACGUCAUAUCAAAGCUGGAAUCAAGCUUCUGAUUGCUUUGUUUAGUUCAUUUGACAUACGUUCCUCAUCAUCUAUAACUGAAAAUGACAAUGCGAUAUUAUUCAAGCGAUUAUUAGAAGAAAAUUUACCAUACCAUUUGCUUAAACUAUAUGAAAAGCCAUUCAUGACACUUCCGCUCAGGUUAUUGAUUCUGAACGGAUUGAUUGUUAUCUGUGAUCACGCUGAAGGCGUUGACUAUUUGUGCCAUCGAAAAUUUCAAUGGACUAAUGAUCUAGAUCAAAACGUGAACGAUGAAAACAACGACCAGAAAAUGCCAUCAAUUGACGUGUUAAAUUUGAAAGAUGCUACGUGUUAUCAAUAUAUUUUAUCAUUGAUUAUUAAACGACAAAAUUCACGUCUACCUUCGGUAUUUGAAGAGUUAUUGAACAAAAUUCAUCUAUACGAAUUGUUUGAAACAUUUUCCGUGUUCAGUGAAAACGUGUUAGACAUCAAUGAAGGUGGUAAUCAUUCAUGGUGCAAUAUGACGACCGACAAAAUAGAUUUAUUGCCUGCAAUGUUAUCUCGAAUGAUCAACUAUUUUGAAAUCAUCUCUAAUCGCAUACACCGACCAUUACGUUUUCUGCCGUAUAUUUGCCAAUAUGAAAUCAAAACUACUGUCAAUGCAUCGAUUCCAUUACUAUUGCUUUCGACAUCUAAUUCUCGUCCACCAGAUGUGCCCAAUACUGAUCAAUUUGAUUACAUUCAUGAUCGUUUCCAAUGUAAACAAACAUAUUGUUCGUCAUCAAAAAUUGGAUUCAAUGCACAAAAAUCUUUUUAUCGUUUUUUUAAACAUUUUAAUCUAUUCGAUUCUUUGAUUCGAUUAUUGAAGUUCCUCAAAACAACGGAUCAUACCUGUAACGCCCAUCAAAAGUUUAUUUGUGAUAAAAUAUUGACAUUAUUAGACAUCAUUACAUCGCAUCAACAGGGCUUAAAGUUUCUGCUGGAAGAUUCAUCAAAUAUCCAUAAAGUAAACGCUAUUCAUUCAAUUUUGACUGACUUUGCAUCAACACAUAAUCAAUGUAGUCAAAGAUUUGUUGAUUUUGGCAUCAAAUUCAUUACGAGGUUGUAUACAUUCAAUUUGGUUGACAAAAUACUCUACAAUAUAUAUUUGUUUCAAAGGGAAAACUUGAAAAAAUCGGUCACAAAAAACAAACUAGUUGAUCCUUCUAAAAAUAGUGAUGUUAUUGAUUCGCUUCUGCGUUUGUUCAUGAUGAUCCAUUUCAAAAAAGCCAUGUUUCGUGAUAUAGUCGUAUCAAUUCUUACAUUGGAGCACAAUUUCGAUGCUGUUCAUUCAUUCAUAAUACCGAUUACAUCCCAAUUUGAUCCAAACAGCCCUCAUUUUCUUAAUGAAAAGAAAUUAAAUCUGGAUUCAACAUCAUUCAUCUAUGCCACAAGAAUUGCUAUCGCGUGUGUUCAAUAUCUACCAGAGAAGAAUUUAUUACAUUUCUAUGAAACCUACGGUAAAUCAUUACUAAAAAACAGUGAAAAUGUACAAAAUUAUGUGCAAAAUUCAUUGAUCAAAUUACAUCGAUCAGAUAUAUUUCAAAGUCAUGUUCUUAAAUAUUCAAUGCUCAUGAAUUGGAUAUCGCCAUUGAAAAAUGAUAAUUUUAAUUCUCAUGAUGAAUUGACAUUGCGAAAGUUUGUGACCAUUUUGAAAAAACAUCAUGAUGUUUUUCAAGAAAAAAUUCAGACUAUCGAAAAUUUCUAUGAUAGAGUUUUCUUUAUCGAACCUGAACUUGUAACUGCCAUCAAAAUAUUGGUUGCACUAUGCGAUCCAAACGCCAACCAUAUGAAGAAUAAUGAUCCUGACAUGCAACUUAAAUAUAAACAUGCUUUGGUCUCAUGCUAUUGCUUUGAUUGUACUACCUAUUUAAUGACACUAUUAGAAGCGGUAGUCGAAACAUGUGAAAGACCAUCACAUCGUACAUUUGCUAAUACUUUCAGUGAUUCAUAUAUAAAUUUGUUUGUGAAAAAUUUAAAAAUUAAUCAAAGUAAUCAGCCAUCCCAUCAUCAACAGCACAAGACACAUUCAUUACAACAAUUUAAUAAUUCUAUCCUGAAUCAAGGUUCACUAGUUAUUGAAUUUAUUCGUCCAAGUGUAAGAUUUUUGCAGCUGAUUUUAAACUAUUUAACCCAAUCGUAUGGCCAUAAUUUUAAUGAUUCAACUCCGAUUCCAGUAUUGCUAAAACUUUACAAUAUUUUGUCAUAUUUUUCAUCUUAUACGAAUGAUAUAAAACUAGAAUCCAAUACAAAACAAUCUGCUCAAUUUAUUCAGCAGCAAAUAAUCGACAUAAUCAUAUCAGUAUAUACGGCUGUUCAUUUAGAACAUUCUGAAUCUGAAGAAUCAUUGCGAAAAUCAGUAUGGACAAAAAUGUUGAAACAUGUUUUUGAAUUCAUUUCACUUGCCCCGAAAUAUUUUGUUUCGGGCUUAGAAAUAUUGUCAAAAAUACUACCCACACCAUUGCCAUUGAUGAUGAAUAAAACGCUAAACGAUGGUGACAUAUCGUUUAUAAUUAAUUAUCGUAAAUUAUGGUCAGCUCAUCUUCAUUGUUUAAAUGAUGAUCUUGAAAAUAUGUUUAAUUAUCUAAUAUUAUCAAAUUGUUUGCCAUUGCAAAAAUUAUUACGUGUGGUUUGUUAUAAGAUGUGCGAUCUUUCUGCUCCAACCGUUUUGACCAUUUCAAAAACUAUUACCGAAUUUCUCGUCCAUACUCUGUGCGAUAUCAUUGAAUCGAAAUCUCAAUCGCCGAUCGAUGAAUCAUUGAUUAAAUAUCAUAGCGAUAAUUGUGGUAAAAUUAUCGAUUUUAUUCUGGAUUUAUUCAGUUCGAGCCUGUCAUUUAGGAUCGGAAUCCUGAAUGCCUUUUGUUGUUUUGCCACCAGUUCGGAUGUGGCUCAUAGAGAUUCAAAAUUUCUUAAGCUUUUCCAUAGAAUGUUUUUCUAUCUCAAUAGGAAAAAAUUUGUAAGAAAUUUUACCAUUUCCAGCAAAGUCUUUGUUACGGAAAUCCUUUCCGAUACAGAAUCCCCAAAUGAUGAUGAUUUCCUAUCAUUAUUCCGUUAUUUUUUCGAUACUGAAGACAAUACUAUUUUGACUUUGAAAACGUUCAAAUUUUCCGAUAAACUUUCAUCGAAAUUUUUCAUGGCUUGCUCUCAAUCUUUGAAUAAAUAUUUUGCUGAUCGAAAAGUUUAUGUCAUUGAUAACAGACAGUCAGAUAAUCUAGAAGUCAUCGAUAUAAGUAAGAAAGGACCGACAAACGAAGAAGAUGAAAUGGUUGAUGGAUGUAAAUCUGUUCCAUUGAAUAAUGAAAUCAUUUAUGGUCAUCAAUUCAGUCAACUUUCAGUCGAUUGUCGGAUGCCUGAGCAAUGGCAGUCACUAAUUGAAAAUCAAACGAAUCACUUGUCAAUUGCCGAAUCAGGAAUGAGAAAAAUUGAUUUCCUCGUUUUAGCUAAAAAAUAUCUGAAACUUGAUUGCGACGGAUUAUUGAAAAUUCUCAAUAAUUAUCAUUCACCGAUUGUUGAAUUACCUGAAGCACCCGAAAAAUCUAGUGAAGAUUCUGUAACAAAAUUGAUCGCAAUUAAUCCGCAACCAAAACGUACUACAAUCAGAGGUCGUGUAAGACAAUAUGGACAUCGUGGUGAUCCCUUCCGAUCGCGACCGCCAAACACAUCGCGACCACCAUCAAUGCAUGUUGAUGAUUUUGUAGCAAUGGAACAACGAUCAGACCCAUUGGUGAUUAGUAAUAAGAAUCGUUCGAACCAUCUGAUUUCACAUCAUAAUUCGAAUGUAUUGCCAGCACAUUCAAGCAACAGCAGUACAAUAUCAUAUUGUGGUAAACAUUCAGAUUAUGUCCGUAAAAAAAAUUUCAAUAGCCAUUCAUCAUCGCCCUAUCAUGCUAACUAUUCGAAUUCUAUUAAAAUGAAUAAUAAUAACAAUAAUAAUAAUAAUUAAAGUAAUCGGGCAACUCUUCCAAUCAAAUUUUGGUCAAUUCUACAACUUUUUCAUUUGUAUGAUUGUAUUUUUCAUUAAAAUAUUAUUUUGGUCUAUCUUUGUAUUUUCUCUAUCUCAUGAAUUUUGUAUCUAUAUUUUCAAUCUUUUCUUUAUG